AUGCAAAUGGCUUAUUACGGCGAUAAUCCAGCACUGUAUUAUCGUCAGUAUCGCGAUGAACUGAAUUAUGUAUCAUUCGGUGAAUCAACAGUUCCAAACAAUAAUCCUCAACAAACUUCUUCUUCCUCUAGUUAUGAUAUCAAUCCUAACAAUGCCUCAAUUGAUCAUGUCGUUAGUCAAGUUGAGCAUAUCAGCGGAUUGAUCAACGACCUGGUCAUAAGCGCCAAAAAACGUGUCGAUGAAGUAGUUGAGCGUGGACAAAUGAGUAUCGCUGAAUUGAACAAACGAAUCGCCGUUGGAAAAAGUGAGGUGGAAGAUAUGAUAGGUAUUGUCGAAAGGAAGACGAAUAACUUCCCACUAACCACUCUAUACGUGUUCCUCAUAGUGACACUAAUAAUUCUGAUUGCUUUAUUAUUGUUUUUGUUGAGUACAGGUAGUUCACGUGCGCUGAAUCGUUAUUAUCGUAUCAAAAAAACGAAACAACAAGAAACUAUAUGA